AUCAUAUUUGUAAACUAGCAAACAACAUCCAGGUACAUUUACGUCUGCUUUUGCGAGCGCCAGAGCGCGUUCUCCUGGUUCUCCUAGUCUCUUAUACAAGCCAAGUAUAGGUAUAGAAUGAACCAGCUCGCCUCACACAACGACGACGACAACAAGCGAUGAAUGAAUGGAUGAUGGUCCCAGCUAGCCCAGGCACAAGCGUGGUACCGCCAGGCGUAUACUACGCUGGCCGAAGAGUUGCGAUUCAGUUUUCGAAACAACUUUGCCCGAAGCGGUCGGUCAUUUGUGGAAACCAUGCGACUGUGCUAUCGCGUUCCCAUACGCUUGCGUUCCAAAAUUCUAGCUGGUCCCCGAAAUUGAUAUUAGUGCUCUCUGCUGGGCGAACGGGUUCGUGGAUGUGUGGUAAAUCAACAACGAAUAUUUUGUUUUGAAAUCGGUGGCGAGGCGAUCUCUGAUUUACGCGUAAGUCAAUCAGUAGUAGACCGUUCGGAGAUUCGAGAAGAUUCGGCGGAGAAGUUCUAUCGAUCGUUCAUCAUCGUUAUUGAUUGGCGGAUGCUGUGUUCUUCGUUGAGGAAAAAAAAGAGUUUGGAAUCUAUUAUAGAGCUCGACUAAAGAUACAGCGCAAUUUAGUGAUCCGUGUGUUUUUGUAAGGUUUCCUCCCAUCAUCGAGAAGAAAACUCCACGAGUGCAACGAACCGUAAAGGGGGAGUUGAAGCAGAAGUGAGAGAGAGAAGUGAAUGUCUUUCUCAAGACACACAGGCAGGUAGCGCGAACAGCGAUCACAGAAGAAGCUUCAAAAGUGCGUGACGAUUUUAGCUCAUCGUUUAGGAGGGCGGUAACGGAAACCCUCUUCUACAGCUAGUGUAGUGUGAGCUGAGCCUGGCGUUAACAAAAUAGUUCGUGUUGAGGAGAGUGUGCCUAGGAGGUAUGAUAAGUGCACGUAGCAGAAGCGAUUCGUGAAAUUCAAGGAUACGGUUGGCUGGGUUCGAGUGCAGCACCACCCCACACAAGGCAUCAGGAAUAAUGUCCGUCAACUAUGUGUACAAAGUGAAGAAAGGAAUACACAAAGUGAUCUACGACAAGCUUUACUUCAACUGCUCCACGUUCAGAAAGAUGCAUUACGAAGAGGUACCCGAUGCGUACGACUACGGGUACAGUGGGAACCACUCGUACCACCAGCAGCACCCACCGCCCGAUGGCGGCAGCAACGGAAGUUCCUGCGCCGGUGACGCCGUGAUGAUCAAAAUUGAUGUACCCUCGCCGGUGCCCAGUGAACCGCGCUUCCCGAAGGAAGUCGGGAAAACCUGCAUGGCUCUGCUGAUGUUGGGCUUCAACUUCAUUCUGGCAACGGUUUCCCUAGCGAUGGUACACGAUCGGGUACCGAACCGCGACACCUACGGUCCCCUACCGGAUGUGGUACUGGACAACAUCCGCCCGGUGGAGUGGGCACUGAAUGUCAGCGAGGUUCUCAUCAUGGUGAUGGUUAAUUCUUGCGUUUUGCUGAUCACGUUCCACAAACAUCGUUUCAUCGUCAUGCGGAGGGUUUUCCUGAUGAUGUCGCUGCUCUACUUCAUGCGGUCGAUCACCAUGUACGUGACGGUACUGCCAAUGUCCAGUACCUCGUACUACUGCAGCCCAAAGUCGAACGCGACGACACCGUUGGAGAUCGUGAAACGUGCCUUCCAGCUCAUUUCCGGCUUCGGGCUGUCGAUCAAUGGCAAGCACACCUACUGCGGCGACUACAUCUACAGUGGCCACACGGUGACGCUGGUGAUGGGCUAUCUGAUCAUUGCUGAAUACUCACCAAAGAAGUUUUGGAUUAUCCACUGGUUGGCGUGGUGUGCCAGUUUGACGGGCGUAUCGAUGGUACUGCUUGCCCACGGUCAUUACACCGUCGACGUGCUGAUUGCCUACUACGUGACGACGAGACUGUUCUGGACGUACCAUACCCUGGCGAACAAUAGUCUUCUGCUUAAGCAAAACGGUCACAACUACAUCGGCCGCGAGUGGUGGUUCUUCAUCUUCCGGUACUUCGAGAAGAACGUCCGCGGACCGGUACCGUUGCAGUAUGACUGUCCAUUUCCGAUUCCUUGGACGAAAAGAGCACUCAAACUGCCGAACCGGGACAGCUGAUCAUGAACCGGCUCAGCGGUCGUGCUGUUAGCGGACAUAAGCGAAGAUAUCGCACAUCACAUCAGAAGGACAACGUGGCUCAGUGGAAGCCAAAGCAAUAGACUAGUAGGUAGGUAGUGGAACCACCGUGUUUAGCUGUUUGUAGUUUGUAUUUGGAGAACCUAUUAAUACUAAUGUGGUAGUAACAGUGGUAGCGAAACGAAAAGCGUGUAAACGUAUGACGAAGGUGACGACCAUCGGAAAAGAAAACGGAAGCAGCAAAUCCAAAACGCAUAAGACUUGAUUAUGAUCCUAUUUUUCUAGGAGUUAUCGUAAGUGUACCAGUUUGUUUUAAGUUGUAAAAAGUGUUUAGCCAAUAUUGUCGUUCCAACCAGCUCGUGUUGAUAUUUCUUUUAUGUAGAACCAGUUUGUAAAUAACGAAUUAUAUUGAGAGCAGAAGGAAGUUGAAACGUGAAAAACCGAUUUUUGGUGUAGUUUUUUAAUUGUUGUAAGUUAACAUUGCUUGAACAACAUAAAUAAAAAAAAGUAAUAAGCAAAAUGGGAUUCCUAACCUCUGAAACCAAACCUGGCAGUCGAAGUCAUACUUCUAGUCAGUUGCCCAUGAAUAAGUAAUUCCCGUUGACAUCGGAUCGGCCUCGAAUUUAAGAUGUUUAGAAGCACCUCAAUUGUUGAAAUUUUUAUUGUAGCAUUUUUAAAAAGUGUCAAUUUGAGACCGGCCAUAAAGUAUAUGUAUUGAAUUGUGGAUGUUUUAAAAAUUUUGUUACUUCACCUAAAUUUGUAGUUUUUGUUUGUUACUACUUACCUCAGUUCUUCAGAGUUUUCACCAUGUCUUCAGAAAACUUCUAACAACUUAAAUUCGACGGUUGAUUUCAGCUCGAAUUACUCAAAAAAAACCUUACAGUCGUACAUGUUGCCAAUCUUGUACUAAACCAGUACAACAACUGCAAAAUUGAAUGCGAAUGGGCAUUUUACACCUAAAAGUACAUCAAUAGACAAAAAAAGAAUAUUUAUAUAUUAAAAAAGAAAUUCUAAGCUGCCUUCUUACCAUAUAGGGAACCCCGUUUUAAUGAGAAUUGUGUAUCGAACACCAUGUGAUAAUCAUUAGAGACAAUUAACUUUUACUGUAGUUUGUUAGGAUAAUAGAGGAAAGACACACAUAUAAACCCCUCCGUAGCAAACGAAAAAGAAAAAUCUAUAAAUAUCGGAUGUCAUAUCUAACUAUAUUUAUUUCUUUUCCGUCACAGAAUAUGUGACUUUGGAUCAAACCAAACAAAUUCGCAUUGAUACUGUUCAGAAACGUGUUACUAUAACUAUGUAUUUUGAACUUGUUCUAUGAAUAAGCAAUCAGUGCGCCGUAUAUCAAUACAUAAAGUUCUACUAACUAACCGGAAACAAUCGAAAUUGGAAAGUCGUCUUUGAUGGUCCAUAUUGUAGUUUCAUGUAAGUGUGCCUUGGAAUAAAUUAUCUUCGGAGCGAAUGCGACAGAGAAUAAAAUCGAAUAUGUACAAAAA